AUGUCCGACUGGGAGGAUGAGUACGACGAAGACGGUGCUGCUAUUCCGAAAUCUGUCACCAGAUCCGCUCCAACUGAAUCGAAAUUGCCAAUCAAUGUAUAUAAAACACAAAAUGUUUCUUUUGGCGUAAGAAAUGGGCCCAGGUUUGGAGGCCCAAGACAGGAAAAGGCUGUUAGCGGCGGCAAGUAUGGACAGUGGAGAGGGGAGGGCGGUUUACGGAACACAGACCCUGAAGAUGGACCUGGGUUCCGGACUCUUGGCGGUGGAAGGUCGGGCUUUUCUCCUGUAACUAUCACCGUGGAAAAUGCUUCAGUUGGUAGGAUAAUAGGUCGUGGAGGAGCCAAAAUUCGUGAACUUGAAGAGAUAUCUGGAACAAGAAUCAAGGUAAACAAAGGGGACUAUGAAAGCGAAGUGGUCAUCUUUGGAUCCUCCCCGGCCCAGCAGAAGGCGAAGGAGUUAAUUGAAGACCUUGUGGCAGAUUGCAGUUCAAGCUUCCGCAGUGGCCCUAGUAGAGGUGGAGGAUAUAACGGAGGAGCAGGGAGUGGCUCUGUGUGGUCUGCUGAGGAAUUACAGGCUGCAAAUGUCACCCCAGUUCGACAAGUCAUAGACUGGAAUGCGAUUAGGGAGAACAAGGAUAAAUAUGAGGAACUCAAGUGGAAGGAUGUCGCACCAAUGAAAAAGAACUUUUACACUGAAGCAAAGAGUGUAUCCAUGUUGACGACAGAGGAAGUCAGUGAGUGGAGGAAGGAGAACAAUAAUAUCUUUGUGGAUGAUCUAAAGGAGGAAGGAGAAAAGCGACCAAUUCCCAAUCCUUGCCGUACUUUUCUGGAAGCCUUUGAGCUUUAUCCAGAGAUCAUGGAGAAUAUUGAACGGGUAGGCUUUGUUAAGCCAACCCCCAUCCAGUCUCAGGCAUGGCCAGUGUUGCUGUCUGGAGAAGACCUGAUAGCCAUAGCUCAGACAGGAACAGGGAAGACUCUGGCCUACCUCUUGCCUGGGUUCAUUCACAUGGAUGGACAGCCUGUGCCUAGGGAUGACCGCGGGGGUCCAGGCAUGUUGGUGCUGACUCCAACCAGAGAGUUAGCUCUACAGAUUGAAGAGGAGUGCAACAAGUAUCGCUAUAAAGGCUACAAAAGUGUCUGUGUCUAUGGCGGUGGUGACAGGAGGGGCCAGAUAAAUGUGGUGAAAAAGGGGGUCGACAUUGUAAUCGCUACUCCAGGCCGACUGAAUGAUCUACAAAUGAAUGAGCUCAUCAAUCUUCACUCCAUUACCUACUUGGUCCUAGAUGAAGCAGAUCGCAUGUUAGACAUGGGCUUUGAACCCCAGAUUUUGAAGAUUCUCCUUGACAUCCGCCCAGACCGUCAGACUGUUAUGACAAGUGCCACCUGGCCUGUUGGUGUGAGACGACUGGCCAGAUCCUACCUUAAGAAUCCCAUGAUGGUUUAUGUAGGCACCCUGGACUUGGCAGCAGUUAACACUGUGGAUCAGACCAUUCUGAUCGUCAGUGAAGAAGAGAAGAAGUCCUACGUGUUCAAUUUCAUUAGAAGCAUGCAGCCUGAUGAUAAAGUCAUUAUCUUUGUUGGGAAGAAGCUUCUGGUUGAUGACCUGUCCAGUGACAUGUGUCUGCAAGGUCUGGCAGUUCAGAGUCUCCAUGGUGACCGUGAACAGUGUGACCGUGAAGAAGCCCUAAAGGACUUCAGAGAGGGUCGAGUUCACAUUUUAGUGGCUACAGACCUGGCUUCUCGAGGGUUGGAUGUCUGUGAUAUCACUCAUGUUUUCAACUAUGACUUCCCCCGAAACAUAGAGGAAUAUGUCCAUCGCGUGGGCCGCACUGGCCGAGCAGGACGUUCAGGUGCUGCCGUUACCUUGGUAACAAGAGAGAACUGGAAGAUGGCCCCGGAGUUGAUUCCCAUCCUGGAGCGAGCAGGACAGGAUGUUCCUACAGAAUUGGUGUUGAUGGCAGAGAGGUAUGAAAAACACAAAAAGGAGAGAGAGAUGUCCAAUCCCGGGAGGGACAAAGGAGGUGGGGGAGGAGGGAGCCGAAAUGGUAGAAGAGGAGGAGGCUGGGAUUGA